UUCAUUUUCAACACCUACCACCAAAUGGAAAUGACUCACCCACCAAACCACCUCCUGAAUCCCAAGUUGAAUUUUAGUUGAGGCGUGUUCUUCGUUCCACCUCCACCAACCCUCCUUCUCUCUGCUCCCGGAAAUCCAUCGUCUUCUUCCGUCUUCUGCCACAAUGGAGGCAAAGCUGCUUAGGGCCACGGCCUUUACCGUUCAAACCCAUAAUACCUCCCGCUCUUCCAGGCUCACCACCCUCGCCUCUAACCAUAGAUGUUCAAAACAUUGCAGCUUUCGAUUCCCCAAUUCCAAGGGAUUAAAGAAUGGCAUUCGCUCCGUUCAAGCCGUUGCUACUUCUCCUGGAAUGGGAAAGAAAAGUAGAGUGGAUGAGACAGAGAGUUAUACUCUAGAUGGUAUAAGAAGUUCCUUAAUUCGGCAAGAGGAUAGCAUUAUUUUUAGCCUUGUGGAGAGAGCUCAGUAUUGUUACAACCCUGACACAUAUAAUCCUGACGCUUUUCCAAUGGAAGCUUUCCAUGGCUCAUUGAUUGAGUACAUUCUUAAAGAAACUGAGAAGCUUCAUGCUAAGGUUGGAAGGUAUAAUAGCCCUGAUGAGCAUCCUUUCUUCCCAAAUGAAGUGCCUCAACCCAUGUUGCCACCCCUUCAAUACCCACAGGUUCUGCAUCCAGUUGCUAGUUCAAUUAAUAUCAACAUCAAAGUGUGGGAUAUGUACUUCAAAAAUCUUCUUCCAAGGUUAGUGAAAGAAGGCGAUGACGGUAAUUGUGGAUCAACUGCAGUUUGUGACACUCUUUGCCUGCAGGCGCUCUCGAAGAGAAUUCAUUAUGGGAAAUUUGUAGCAGAAGCAAAAUAUCAGGCAUCACCAGAAGUCUAUAAACCCGCUAUUGUAGCACAAGACAAAAACAAACUCAUGGAGCUGCUGACAUAUCCUACGGUCGAAGAGGCAAUCAAAAAUAGGGUAGAGGUGAAAACGAGAACUUAUGGGCAAGAGGUGACCAUCAAUGCAGGGGGAAGUAAAGGUGAUCCGGUAUACAAGAUAAACCCGAGCCUAGUUGCUGAACUAUACGGGGAUUGGAUCAUGCCAUUGACGAAGGAAGUCCAGGUUCAAUACCUAUUAAGAAGACUCGAUUAAGUAAAAGUAAAGGUGUAGUAAAUGUUCAUUGCCACUGUUGGACUUACAGUAGUUGAUGCUGUCAGGCAUGUAUUCAUAGAGGUAGUUUCCCAUAUACUAUAUUGUUUGUGGUUUUGAAAUAUGACCUUCAACUACCACUGUGUACCAAUUGUGCUAUUGUUCAUAUGUUUCUUGAGACAGAUCAUCUGCUUGAGGUGUAUGCCAUAAUUUCAAUAGUCCUGGUCUGGUUUUGCUUU